GUGCGAGAGCGUCAUCCCCGCCACCCACCAGAUCUAGAAUUAGGCGAACACGACGCUCGAUGUCGACAGAAUGUUGCAUGCCCCGAUGGCUCGUAACCUCUCUUUCUCCGUCUCUCUGUACUUAGCCACCACCAUCUCCUCUGCGCUCGCAACACCCAGAGCACCCUCACCUCGAUGUGCCGCUUCGUGAUCUACAAGGGGACUUCCCCCGUGCAGCUUUCGCACUUGCUGACAAGACCGUGCCAUUCGAUCAUCAACCAGGCGUUCGACUCGAGACUCAGGUUGGACCACAGAAGACCUAUAAACGGCGAUGGUUUUGGUGUCGGAUGGUAUGACUCUGUCCACGACGAGGAGCUUGGAAGUCAGCCGUGCAUUUUCACAUCUGUCACGCCGGCCUGGAACAACGUUAACCUUACAAGACUCGCGGAGAAGAUCAAGUCCCCACUAGUCUUUGCUCACGUUCGCGCGACGACAGCGGGUACACUGAGCCUCGACAACUGCCAUCCAUGGUCCUUUGGUAAACUCAUGUGGAUGCACAAUGGUGGGAUCGCCGAGUUCUCAAAGAUCAAGAGACGCCUGCAGUCAAACCUGCCGGAUGAGCUGUUCAACUUCGUUACUGGGAACACGGAUUCGCAGUGGGCUUUUGCUCUCUUCCUCUCCAAGUUACCUGAUCCGCACGCAAAGACAUUUGCUCCCCAUGUCUUGCGGAAAGCAAUGAUGGAGACGAUCGCCCACAUCAACUUGAUGACCGAUGCGGAGAACAUCACAGAGCCAAGCUUAAUGAACUUCUGCGUCACUGACGGGGAGAGCGUGGUUGCAACGCGUUACAUUUCGUCGCGACACGAAGAAGCCGCAUCUUUGUGGUUCUCGUCUGGCACGACAUUCAGCGAGUACGCGGAGGGUGGACACUACAAGAUGUCGAAGGCGGACAAGCGCGAGAACAUCAUCAUGGUCGCCAGCGAGCCGUUGACCUUUGAGAAAGCGGACUGGAUGGAAAUCAAGACAAACCACAUGGUCGUCAUUACCCCCAAGAUGAACCUCUUGCAAUUCCCUGUCGUUGACAAAUACUAUGUUCCACCAUCCGACCCUGCAGCGCUCAACCGCGGGACCGAAUUUGCCGCAUCGAAGGGGUUCCUCAGUGCCCACCGAGCCGUGUCCAUCCGACCACCUGUCGACUUGCAGGUGCCAGAGACUCAGAGCUUCCCGGUGCUCGUAGCGUAGUCGUGCCGUUACUCUAGACGUUUGUAUUGCUGUCUUGUGCUUGUGCUUGCUCUACGUUGGACCGUGUAUCUAUAUUGUACCAACCGUUCUCCUGUACCAUAAUUGACAGAUUGUUGUACAUUGUAGCAAGCUUGGGGGAUGUGUGAUGUCUCGUGCAUGCGCGAAGU